GUGUAUCAAGGACGUAAAGUGGAUUUUCUCAGACCGAGAUUCAUACUCUAUCCGAUGGUCUAAAAAAGCCCACUUUACGCCCUUGAUACUCAAAAUUAGCGGGCGAUAAAUUACUUUAUUUAUCUAUUUUGUUCCUAAUUUUGUUCGUUAUAAAAAAUACUUUAUUAUUAGCCGCUCGGAAAACGAUUUCUUUUGUCACUAUUUUUAGGUAAAAAAAACGAAAAUCGUGCAUGUCUUACUACAAUGAAUUUAUACAGAACACUAUAGUAAACUAAUAUAAAAUAUGAUCAAUUCAAUAGCACAUUAAUUUAUUCUUAUUUUAUUUUUAUAUUAUUUAUUUUAUGGUAUUUCAUAGUAAACUACUUUCAUGCACCUACACUAAAAAAUAUUAAAUUAUUCUUAAUUAAAAUUUAAUCUUUGGCUUUCAACAGAAUGAAUUUAUAUUUUUUAGAUGGAGUAUUACGUUGUUUUAUUUGGGGAAUACACAUCCAUGGUUCCUAAAACAUGGCUCAAACCAAAAGAAGGAAUAGUAGCCUGGCCCCCUGGUCCUGUUACUCAUUCUAAAAUGAAAAAUUUGAGCCCAACUACCAAUUGGAUGGAGUACAAAUAUAAAAAAAAUAAUGGGACCUUUUGAUUUCCUUAAGGGUAAACAACUAGAAAAGGAAAUGGCGAACGUUUCAACAGGGAAAGACACAGAAGCUAUAAUAGAAAAAUCUCAAGAGACAAAUUAUACAGGAAAGCGCCAAAAAAAGCCAGUAAUUUUUACUUCGGAAGAAUCUUCAGAUUUCUCCGAUGAACAUGAUGAAAAGAAACAGAAGAAAAAGAACAAGACGAAGAUGAACAAGAAGAAGAAGAUGUUCCACCUGCGAAGAAAUCCAAGUCGAAGGUUAAAAGCAUCCCAAAGAAGAAUGAGUAAACUAAAACUAAUUCGAGUAUAUAUAAAUUCUUUUCCAAAUCUAAUGGGUCUUAUAUAAUUUCUUUUGAAAAACAAGUUAACAUUUGCAAAAUAAUAAUUAUAUGGCAAAAUAAAUCUGACCUACCGCGGAAAAAAUUUUUUAUAACAUACGAACGAUUUUCGCGUUUUUCGUACCUAUUAAUCGGGA